GUGCUCAGACCCACCACCACCAUACGCAGCCAUAAGCUUCAAAAUCAAGACACCUCUUCAUAUUCCCACCAAACAAGCCUCUACAAAAUUGGUUAGACUCUUGGCAGGGCUCACAUCAGCCUGUGGUAGCGAUGGAGGGGCGGUGGAGAGUAUCAAAAUGGGCCUUCAUUUUUGCAAGCUUGAUGAGUAGUUACAUGGUCUUAGAUGGGGCGGAAGAAGAAGGCGGUGACGGAAGGAAAGGCCUCUGCAGCACUGAUCUCACCACAUUUCUCCCUUUCCCUUACAGCAACCUACCUAAUAUGGUCUGCCACCCACUAUGGAACUCAUAUCUGUUAAGGUAUUCCAAGUCGAAGGACAACGAGAUCACGAUCGUGCUAUCGACCAUCUACACGAGCGGAUGGGUCGGGAUCGGCUUCUCGCGAGACGGGAAGAUGCUGAACUCAAGCUGCAUAGUGGGAUGGGUGAAUCAAGAGGGGCAAGGAAGGAUAAAACAGUACCACAUAAAGGGGUUCACCCCGAGCGAGAUCAAGCCCGACCGGGGUGAACUCCCCCUGACAAAUGUGCCGCCGUACGUGGCCGUGCAGGGGGCAACCAUAUACCUAUCCUUCCAGCUUAAAUUCAACACCACCCUCAAAACGCAGCCGCUUCUGCUAGCUUUCAGCACCAAACCACCACACCACCACCGCCUCACUGUCCACCAAGACAAGACAACCAUAUACUUCGAUUUCUCAGCUGGUAAAACGGACGACAGCAGCAGCGGUGUUGAGUCGUAUUCGUCUCCGUCUCCGGGAAUUUUGAAAGACAGGAGGACUCACGGGACGCUGGCGGUGCUGGGGUGGGGAUUCUUCCUCCCCACGGGGGCUAUUCUGGCGAGAUAUCUGAGCCGGAAGGAUAAUAAAGUGUGGUAUUACUUUCAUGUGCCGAUUCAGUUCAUUGGUUUCUUGCUGGGAGUUGCGGCGGUGAUUGUUGGAGUGUCGCUUUAUACCAAGAUGCAUGUUUUCUUCCCUGCACACAGGGGGAUUGGGAUUUUCCUUCUCGUCAUCACCAUUCUACAGGUGCUUGCUUUCUUCACGCGUCCGAACUCCGACAGCAAGUAUCGGCGAUACUGGAAUUGGUACCACAACUGGGUGGGGAGGAUUUGCCUCUUCUUCGGAGCAGUUAAUAUUCUUCUGGGAAUCCACAUCGCUGAUGCAGGCCAAGCUUGGAAGAUUGGAUAUGGAUUUCUCCUUGGUUUUCUAUUGGUUACUGUCAUUGUUCUCGAAGCAUUGCUCAGGCUUAGACGAUCGGCUGAGGCAGAUAAGCAGCAUCCUCCGUUUUCAAUCAACUCAAUUGACCGCGAAAUAUCACUCUAAAUGUAAACCUAAUCUAGCUCUGAAUUUCAAAUCGCUUUUUUGGGGUAAUUUUGGUUUGAUUAAUAGUAUUAUUAUUAUAUUGUUGUUUUGAACUGUGAUUGGAAAUUGGAUUGGUGAAAGUAGAAGGAGAGGAGAGGUUUAUGAAGUUUGUAGAUACAAAUGAAAGAGGUCUUGAGAUGUUUGAAGUUUUGUAGAGCAACUUUCCGUCGAUCCAUGUGUGAUACAUCAAAUUAGAAGCUCGCUA